AUGGCCGCACCGACCCCUCCCUCGGUUAUACCCUUGAUAAUCAAUGGAAAGGAUGAACUCACAUCCUCCACGUUCGACGUGAUUAGCCCUUAUACAAACGAGCUGUGCUGGUCUGCAGCAUCAGCCUCCCCGCAGGAUGCUAUCCGCGCCGUUGAGGCAGCCGAAGCUGCGUUCCCAGCUUGGUCGCAGACUAAACCGGCUACACGGCGGGAUAUCCUGCUCAAGGCCGCGGACAUCCUAGACAACCGGCUUGAGAAAAAUGCCGAGUUCAUGAGAACAGAAAUGGGUGCAGACGUGGGCGCAUCACAAUUUUUCGUCGUUCCGCUUGCCAUCCGCAUGCUGAGAGAAGUCGCAAGUCGCAUAACUGCGAUCUGUGGUAGCGUACCCGUCGUCGAAGAGGAAGGGCAAAGCGCCAUUGUUUACAAAGAGCCCAUGGGAGUCAUUCUAGGCAUUGUUCCCUGGAACGCGCCAUAUGUGUUCGGUGUUCGAUCUGCCGCGUGUGCCCUCGCUGCCGGAAAUACAACCAUCCUCAAAUCCUCUGAACUGACGCCGUGCUGCUAUUGGGCGCUAACGCGUGCGUUCCAAGAUGCCGGACUACCAGACGGAUGCCUCAAUUUGUUGUCAUGUCGUCCUGCGGAUGCGGCAGAGGUGGUCAACACAAUGAUUGAACACCCGGGAGUGAAGAAGAUUAACUUUACUGGCAGCACAGCCGUCGGCAGGAAGAUUGCUCGUACCUGCGGACAAAACCUCAAGCCCUGUCUCAUGGAACUAGGCGGGAAGAAUAGCGCAAUUGUGUGCGCAGAUGCAAAUAUUGAAACUGCAGUGAAAGCCGUCCUGGCGGGAGCAUAUUUGAACUCCGGUCAAAUUUGCAUGGCUACAGACCGAAUUCUUGUCCACUCAUCGACUGCACCAGCUUAUAUUGACGCCCUUAAGAGCGCACUACAAUCGAUGUCGGACGCUUCCUCUGCGCCACCGACCCUGGUGAACAUAGCAUCCAAGCAACGUGUGCAGCGUCUAAUCGAAGAUGCUCUCGCGGCAGGCGCCCAUGUCAUCAACGGAUCAAGUGCCACGGAUACUGGCGCUUCCGACUCUGGGGUUCGGAUGGCCCCUGUUCUCCUUGGUGGAGUCAAGGAGGAUAUGGCCGUGUGGCAGGAGGAAGCCUUUGCUUCCCUGGCUGCCUGCAUGGUAGUAGACAGUGAUGAAGAAGCAAUCCGAAUCGCGAAUAGCAGCGGAUACGGACUCUCUGCGGCAGUUUUCACUGAAGAUCUGAGGAAGGGCCUGGCUAUGGCCAAGAAGAUCCAGUCUGGUGCUGUGCACAUUAACAGUAUGACCAUACAUGACGAGCCUGUCCUGCCUCACGGUGGAGUCAAGAACAGCGGCUGGGGAAGAUUUAAUGCUUCUCAAGGACUAGAGGAGUUCCUCGUGACGAAGAGUGUGACUUGGAUGGACUGA